AUGGCUUCAACCAAUUGGCACGCAGAGAAGCCCGAUGGCCUGAACCAAAGCUCCUCCUCCACGCGCGAACAUGCUGCAGGUGAGAGCACGUCACCGCAGUCAUCUGUCAAAGGUUCGUCUAUCUUCUCUAGUCUGUCUUCCACAUUGGUGGCCUGGCCACUACAUCCCAAAUUUGUCCCCAAAGUGGCCAUUAUGCUUCGGAGUAGGUGGCAGUCAGACAGAGCUCAGCUUCCAGAUGCCCUUGAGCAAGCCACUUACUUCAACCGAGUCGUUUCUUUUCCCGAUGAAAGCAUCUCACCCUUGAUGAUAGCCAAGAACAAAGAUCUGGAGCAAAAAGACUACUUGGACCUCGACAAGACUACCAGACAGUACAGUGCAAGUGUGAGCCGGAAGCGGCUAUCUGGGAGACCAUCUGUUGAACGUUUGGGCUCUUUCAAGCCACAAAACUCUGAUGGAAACCCGUCCCUCAAUUCUCUGUUGUCCAACAGCUCGACGGAGAAUCUCUCUGAUAGCCAUCAUGUACAUGACAACCUCCUGAAGCAAGUUGGCACAUGGCUCAAACAGGAGCGCCAGAGGCGACAUGCUAGGAGAGCGAAGAGAAAGGCACAAAAAGAAGUCUCACGUGAAAUGGAGUCGGCAGUUGGCACUGAAGCUCAGCGAGGACGGACUAGUUCCGAGUCCUCCCAAGAAGGUUCAGUAGCACUGGAUCAGUUGGCGCAGAUUUUGGAGAAGACUCUAUCUAUCAAGCCUGCCGAAGCCAGGAAGCGCUCUCAGCAUAUUCGCAGGCUGUCCACGGGUCUGAAGCGGCACUCUGCCAUCUCAAAUGAGUCGGAUUACUUCGACUCGGUCGACCAACUCGUGCCUGGCUGUGAUGCUAUCCUGGACAAUUCGAAGACCAUGGCCUACAAUGUAGACGAACCAUCAGCCGAGCCUCAAACGGCAGCCUCUGAGAAGCAGGCGCGUAAAGAGAGGAAGGCAUGGACCGACUUUCGAUACGAGAUUCUUCGUCUCAUACAUACUCUGAAGCUGAAAGGAUGGCGCAAGGUUGCCAUGGAGCAGAGCAACGAGAUCCAUGUGCAGAGACUGAGUGGUGCACUGACUAAUGCCGUGUACGUUGUCUCGCCGCCUAAAAACCUUCGAUAUCAGGAGGAGCGCAACGAUGGCACUCCGAAGCCAAGAAACCCACCUCCUAAGCUGUUGCUGCGUGUUUACGGUUUGCAGGCGGACCAUUUGAUUGACCGCGAAUCUGAACUGCAAAUCCUGACACGACUUGCACGCAAGCGUAUUGGCCCGCGUCUACUUGGCACAUUCAAGAAUGGACGUUUUGAAGAAUUCUUAAAUGCGAAGCCACUCACCGCCAAGGAGCUGCGCAAUAUGGAGACCUCAGUACAAAUCGCCAAGCGUAUGCGAGAACUUCACGAAGGCAUUGACCUUCUGAAGGAUGAGCGCGAAGCUGGACCAUUCGUCUGGCAGAACUGGGACAAGUGGGUCGAACGCUGUGAGCAGGUGGUCACUUGGCUGGAUCAACAAGUUCGCGAGAGCAGACAGAAUGCAGAUCAGUCGUCUGUAGACAAGUGGAAACAGCGAGGCUUUGUUUGCGGUAUGGAGUGGCCAGUGUUCCGACAGACUGUAGAGAAAUAUAGAAGAUGGUUGGAAGAACAGUACGGAGGACUUGAUAAGAUCAACGAACGCAUGGUCUUCUCCCAUAACGACACGCAAUACGGAAACAUUCUCCGAAUGAUGCCAGAAGGCGAAUCACCCCUUUUACUUCCAGCAAACCAGCACAAGCAGCUUGUGGUAAUCGACUUUGAAUACGCAAACGCCAAUCUUCCCGGGCUGGAGUUUGCAAACCAUUUCGUGCAGUCCGAAUGGACAUACAAUUACCACGAUGCGGAGGCUCCUUGGAGAUGCAACGAAAAGUACUACCCGACCAUAGAAGAGCAGUACCGCUUCAUUCGCGCGUACCUCACUCACACACCUUCGCACAAGGCAGCCGGCGGAUAUGCGUCCAAUCCAGCGACCCCUCGUCUUGGACCUCUGCCAUCCUCUGGCAGUACAACGGCGUUAGCUGCUACGGCCACCCCUACCUCCAUCUCAGCAUUCAUGCUUGACUCCCGCGCCCCACCUGGCGAAAAGUAUACGGAGCAGGAAGCCAUCGCCGAACGACAGACCGAGGAAGAAGUACGCCGUCUACUGGCCGAGACGAAACUGUGGCGCCUCGCCAACUCGGCCAUGUGGGUAGCCUGGGGCAUCGUACAAGCACAUAUCCCCGGCAUGCCCGAUUUUGAGGCCCAGGAAAAGGAGGCAGCACGGAACAUGGACGCCAAUGCCGCGAUGCUUGACGGCGCAACAGCAGAGAUGAAAGCGGUGGCAGAGGUGGAAGAGAACGAACAGGCCGGCAUCGUGAGUUCAGAAAAGGCGGAAGCAGAUGUCGAUGCAUGUGAACAAGCGGACCAGGAUGCUAAUCUAUUCAAGAAACAGGAUGAAGAAGAAUUCGACUAUCUAUCAUACGCUAACGACAGGGCUCUCUUUGUUUGGGGCGAUGCCAUUCGCAUGGGUAUCGUCAAGGCGGACGAGUUACCCGAGGAACUGCGGCAGAGAGUGAAGAUUGUCGAGUAUUAG